AUAUCUAUUUAAUAUCUUGAUCUUCCUAUUUCGAAUUUGUUAAAAUAUGAUAGUGAAUAAUUUUAUGAGUUUAGGAUUUUCUAAAAAAAUAUUUUGGAUAUAUAAGUAUACAAAUUUAAUAUUUUUGGAAGUAGAUAAGUCUUAAUAAAUAAUAUGUGCUUAUUUAUAUUUUCUUUUUCGCGGUUGUUCACUUGCUAUAUAAAUCCUUAAAACAUUGCAUGUCAAAUGUUUCCAGGGAGAAACAGCUCAAGCUCACCAACCAGUACGGCACCGCCGCCGGCGGCCACCACCACCAGUACACUACCAGCACAGUCUGCUCCUCUUCCCGAUCGCCGUCGCCCAUGUUGUCCUCCUCCUUCCCGCGGUCGCGGGAUAUCGCGGCGCACCAGGUGCCCAUCCUGGUGCAGGUGUGCGAGGAGGUGGAGGCGGGUCGGAGGGCGCGGGCGCACCGAUGGAAGGAGGCGGCGCGGCGGCUGAACCGGCUGGAGCAGCAGAUGGAGACGGGGACGUCGGAGGAGGUGGAGGCGAAGUUGCAGUGGCUGAGGGAGGAGGAGGAGGGUGCGUGGCUUGAUGGGAUGGUUGCGGAUUGGAGGCAGAAGGUGAUGCAGGCGGCGGAAUCCGAGGCAGUGAGGAUGGAGGAGGCUUGGGCCACGUAAACAGGCCAAGCUCGCAGCAUUGAUCCAAAGAAUUGGCGGCGUGGUGGUAUUUCUCUUUUCAUAUGACGAAAGACACCCCUCGCCAUUGAUCCCGCUCGAUGUCGGCCGUCCUCGCUCGUCGUCCGCUUGAUGUAUCUUUCGAGGAGGGGGAAAAAAAGAAGGAUAUUUAUAUUUAUUUACAAAUAAUAAUUUAAAAAUAUUAAUUUUUUAAAAUAAAUUUAUAAUAGUAAUAAGGGUCUGAAAAUAGUAAUUAAAAAAUAUUAGUGAUUAACGUGAUUAAAUUAAGAUAUAGUUUUAUCUUUGAAUCAUGUUAGCUGCUGUUAAUCGUAUCAUAUGUGAUUAAAAGUGAGUUUGUUGGAUGU